AUGGGUUCGGUCGAGGAAGAGCAAGAGGAGAGUCACGGCGCCGCCAGUCAUGGUGCGACCAUGUCCCCUCUGCGGCUCAACAUUAUGGUUUUUGGGUACGUGUACCAUCUUCGUCCUGUUGUUGUCGGCUUUCUGAUCUCGAUGUCGCGAUGCGGUCGCAGCCUUUGGAUUUCUCUCUUCCUGUCGGCCCUAGACAGCACAAUCAUAUCCACCGCCGUGUUCGAGAUUUCAAACAGCUUCGACAGCACCAGCCAGUCCGGCUGGAUCGUGACCUCGUACCUUUUGACAUAUAACGCGUUCGUGUUACUUCUUGCAAAACUAAGUGACAUUGUGGGCCUCAAGUUCCUUAUUAUCGGGUCCAAUGCGGUCUUUCUCAUAUUCUCCGUGGCCUGUGGCGUGGCCAGGACUAUGGACCAGCUUAUCGUCUUUCGCGCCCUUCAGGGCAUUGGAGCGUCGGGUCUCUACUGCCUGGUGUUUAUAGCGAUUCUGCGAUUAAUAUCAGUUGAAAACGCAAGAUUCUACUCCGGUAUCAUCAGUUAA